AUACAAAAUGGCGACCUCUGUAAUGUCCUAUAAUGCGUAGCUGCCGACAACUCUUAUUUAACUAAGCCGACUCACGUUUUUUUUCCCCCCACGCAGUACACUGUCGCCAUGAAGCUAUCUUGUAUCGUGAGGCGGGCGCUCACCUUCAGCCAUCGCUUCAGUAUCGUCGCGAGCAAAAACGCCGCCUUCGGCGUUUCGCCUCGAGCGGGUCUCCGGGUGAUGAGGUACAGCCAGGCGGCGCUUGACGAGCCGGCCGCGCCGGUCCAGCUAGCGUGCUACCGCUUGGACCACAGGGCGCUAGUCCGGGUCCAGGGAGCCGAAGUUAGCGCCUUUCUUCAGGGGCUGGUUACCAACGACGUGUACAAGUUGGAGGAGGCCGCCGUCGGGGCCAUGUACACUCAUAUGCUCAACGUACAAGGGAGAACGCUCUACGACAUCGUGAUGUAUAGGGCACCGGGAAGUGGCCUCCUCCUGGAGUGCGACAGCACCAUGACGGAUUCGCUUCUGAGACACCUCAAAGUCUACAAGAUCCGCAGGAAGAUCGACAUUAAUUCGUGUCCAGACCUUUUCGUGUGGGCCGUGCUGCCCUUGCAACAAAGUUGCGGCCAACGUUUCGGAAAGCCCGAGCUCUCCUCGCCAGAAAAGGCCAUUGUGUGGGAGACGGACCCUCGGACACAGGACAUGGGCUGGAGAUUGGUUCUGGAAAGUCAAGUGGACCCCUUCGAUGUGAUCCCGUCAUGUCAGAAAGGAGACACGGAGGAGUACAACAAGCAUCGCUAUUCCAUAGGACUUCCAGAGGGAGUGAAAGACCUUCCUCCAGGGGUGGCGCUACCACUGGAAUCCAACUUAGUCUACAUGCAAGGCAUCAGUUUCACCAAGGGCUGCUACAUCGGCCAGGAGCUGACAGCCAGGACCCAUCACACCGGCGUGAUCCGCAAGCGUCUCAUGCCAGUGCGCUCGUCGGCACCCAUCCAAGGCCUGGAGGAGGACGCCGCGCUACAAACGCAGUCGGGCAAGCCGGCCGGGAAGCACCGCACGGGACUGGGACAUCGGGGCCUAAGCCUGAUCCGCCUGGCUCACGCCAAGGAGGUGUUGACGGUCAAAUGCGCCGACAGCACCCAAGUGACGCUCGAGGCCUCUGUGCCCGACUGGUGGCCUGAAGAUGAGAAAAGCGACUCGCAAGCUUCCAUGUGACUUGCGUGAAUGCUGCUGACACAUUUCAAAUGGAAGCCUCAAGUGCUGUUUUAAGGUCACAACUUUAUUAUUUAUUUUUAAAGGGCGAAUGAUGAGAUUGACACGUGCAAUUCACAGCGACAAGCCAAUCAUGUCAUGAAACGUCAAGAGUUUUAAUUAAAUGGUGUAUGAAAUAAUAUAUCAUAAGUAUCAAA